AUGGAUUUCAUUGGGUGGUUGUCAUCAACGAGUGAUGGAACUCGUCUAUUAAAUAGUCAUUUAAUAAUAAAUUAUCAACGUGAUAUUAUUGGUCGAUAUUCUAAAAUACAUUUAUUUUAUGUUCAACCUGCUUAUCUAGUUGUUCGAGAGUCAGAUUUUACACAACCUGGUUCAUCUAUUACUAAUCCAAUUGAAACACCAGCUGAAAGAAUUGCUCUUGAAAUUUGUUAUGAUCUUCGUUUUGCUGGAUUUGGUCGAUUAUAA